GUGUAAUGAUGUGGAUAAUAUUGUCCUUAGUUGAGAACUGUGUACUAUAUAAAAGUUUUUCUUCUUCUUUUUCUUCCCAGUACAACAUCAACAUCCUAAUAUAAAUCCAUCAGAAUGACACCUUCUCAGGUUACCUUUGAAAUAAGAGGAACUCUUUUGCCAGGAGAAGUUUUUGCAAUAUGUGGAAGCUGUGAUGCUUUGGGAAACUGGAGUCCUCAAAAUGCUGUGGCUCUUCUUCCAGAGAAUGAGAUAGGCGAAAGCAUGCUAUGGAAAGCCACCAUUGUACUCAGUAGAGGAGUAUCAGUUCAGUAUCGCUACUUCAAAGGGUACUUUUUAGAACCAAAGACUAUCGGUGGUCCAUGUCAAGUCAUAGUUCACAAGUGGGAGACUCAUCUACAACCACGAUCAAUAACCCCAUUAGAAAAUGAAAUUACAAUUGAUGAUGGACAAUUUGGAAUCCACAAUGGUGUUGAAACUCUGGAUUCUGGAUGGCUGACAUGUCAGACUGAAAUAAGAUUACGCUUGCAUUAUUCUGAAAAACCUCCUGUGUCAAUAACAAAGAAAAAAUUUAAAAAAUCUAGAUUUAGGGUAAAGCUGACGCUAGAGGGUCUGGAAGAAGACGACGAUGAUAGGGUGUCUCCCACUGUUCUUCACAAAAUGUCCAAUAGCCUGGAGAUCUCCUUGAUAAGUGACCAUGAGUUCAAGUGCAGGCAUUCACAGCCAGAGUGUGGUUACGGCCUGCAGCCUGAUCGCUGGACAGAGUACAGCAUACAGACAAUGGAACCAGACAACCUGGAACUAAUCUUUGAUUUUUUUGAGGAAGAUCUCGGUGAACAUGUCGUUCAAGGUGAUGCCCUUCCUGGACACGUAGGUGCAGCAUGCCUCCUGUCGUCCACUAUUGCUGAGAGUGGGAAGAGCGCUGGAAUACUUACUCUUCCCAUCAUGAGCAGAAAUUCCAGGAAAACAAUAGGCAAAGUGAGAGUUGACUAUAUAAUUAUUAAGCCAUUACCAGGAUACAAUUGUGACAUGAAAUUUUCAUAUUCCAAGUAUUGGAAGCCAAGAACACCAUUGGAUGUUGGCCAUCGAGGUGCAGGGAACUCUACAACAACUGCCCAGCUGGCUAAGGUUCAAGAAAAUACUAUUGCUUCUUUAAGAAAUGCUGCUAGUCAUGGUGCAGCCUUUGUUGAAUUUGAUGUCCACCUUUCAAAGGACUUUGUGCCUGUGGUAUAUCAUGAUCUCACCUGUUGUUUAACUAUGAAAAAGAAAUUUGAUGCUGAUCCAGCUGAAUUAUUUGAAAUUCCAGUAAAGGAAUUAACAUUUGACCAGCUCCAGUUGUUAAAGCUUGCUCAUGUGACUGCGCUAAAAUCUAAAGAUCGGAGAGAAUCCGUGGUUCAGGAGGAAAAUUCCUUUUCUGAAAAUCAGCCAUUUCCUUCUCUUAAGAUGGUUUUAGAGGCUUUGCCAGAAGAUGUAGGGUUUAAUAUAGAAAUAAAGUGGAUCUGCCAACAAAGGGAUGGAAUGUGGGAUGGUAACUUAUCAACAUAUUUUGACAUGAAUCUGUUUUUGGAUAUAAUUUUAAAAACUGUUUUAGAAAACUCUGGGAAGAGGAGAAUAGUAUUUUCUUCAUUCGAUGCAGAUAUUUGCACAAUGGUUCGGCAAAAGCAGAACAAAUAUCCCAUAUUAUUUUUGACUCAAGGAAAAUCUGAUAUUUACCCUGAACUCAUGGACCUCAGAUCUCGGACAACCCCCAUAGCAAUGAGCUUUGCACAGUUUGAAAAUCUACUAGGAAUAAAUGCACACACGGAAGACCUGCUCAGAAAUCCAUCCUAUAUUCAAGAAGCAAAAGCUAAGGGGCUAGUCAUAUUCUGCUGGGGUGAUGAUACCAAUGAUCCUGAAAACAGAAGGAAACUGAAGGAAUUUGGAGUUAAUGGUCUGAUUUAUGAUAGGAUAUAUGAUUGGAUGCCUGAACAGCCAAAUAUAUUCCAAGUGGAGCAGUUGGAACGCCUGAAGCAAGAAUUGCCAGAGCUUAAGAGCUGUUUAUGUCCCACUGUUAGCCGCUUUGCUCCCUCAUCCUUGUGUGGGGACCCUGAUAUCCAUGUGGAUGCCAAUGGCAUUGAUAAUGUGGAGAAUGCUUAGUUUUUGUUGCACAGAGGCCACUUGGGAGCAUGCACCACUGGUCUGGGUAUUCAUUUUUCAUCAUUGAGCAUUGUAUAUCUAUGCCUUUUGGGUUUCUCAGUUCAACGAAGCAAUAAUGAAGUAUUUUACUCUUUCACUACAGUACUUGCAAGAAUUUCAAGUAUGCUAUUUAAAUCACUUGGCCAGGUAUAAUUUCCAGUCAGUCUCUUUAUAGUGAGAAAGUGUAUUGGUUAGUAAAUAUUUUAAACGGAACAUAAAAAUCUAUAAUGGUAAACAAAUGUUCAUUUAAAACCUAGCACUUUGCAAUUAACUAUAUAAAUAGCUCAUAUUUACACUUCUUACAGCUCUCCAUUUGAUCAGGUCUAAAAUUUUUAGCACUUGAGGAAAAUGACUAUGCAUAAUUAUACCUGACCAUGGAAAAAUAAGUACCUCAAAUGCAUGCAUUUGCACUGGUGAUUCCAACUGCACAAAACUUUGUGCCAUCUGUGUACAUAGGUAUUUUUUACAUGGACUGACAUGCACACAUACCAUUUUCAUUCAGUAUGAGCCUUGAGGCUGCUGCCAUUUUUCCACUUGACCAAACCAGCCUGGAGGUGAACCUUAAAACUUGUUUCCUGAAUCUUUCAGAAGUUGUUUUACAUAAAUGUUAAAAUUUCAAAAUGCUGCAGGGUAAUUUAAUGUGUGAAAUAUUAGUAAGAAGUAUGUAUUGCAUACUGAGUAGUGUAGAUCACAGCAUAUAAAUAUAAUUCAGUGCAUGCUUUGGGUUUUAAGCAUGAGAUUGUACACGUUUACCGCUAAGUCCUUGCAUCUGUGGUGCUAGGUGAGUGUGAGAAGAUGUCAAGGACUGCAAAUAUUUGGUUGCCUAAAAAAAAAGCCUAUAGGCAUUUUAAAUAUGCUUAAGUGUCUCUCACUACCUAUUACACACCAUUGCUUUGUGGGUUUGUUUUGUAUGUGUUGUACAGUAGUUAAAUCUCAUGCAGAAAAAUAAAUGUCCUGAAUUCUCAUAUUGGUAUUCGUUAUUGGUUAAUGUAUAUCAUGCAUGUAAUUUAUUUAGAAAUGUAGAUCUUACUAAAUGUAUAUGCAUGUUUUGAAGGAUUAAACUAAGAUUUCUUUCAUUAGAGGCAGAUUAUGUUCACAUAACUGUAACUUAAGAACGAAUGUUAAAUAAAAUAAUACACAUUUAUUUUCUUCAUUAUAAAAUGAAAUUUUAAGAAGGUGUUACUUUCGUAGAAUGAUUUUAUAAUAUUUUGAGAAAUUGAAGUUCAGUGUCGACUCUAAAGGGGGUGCUUAUUUGCAUCGACUGCAUGUUUUUCAUGAGGCAGUUUAUUCAUGUAUCUACAUAUUGUGGUAGUAGCUGAGAACCUAAGACUUGAAAUUACACAUUGAACUUUUUUUUUUAAGCUAAGCAAUGCAAUUUUGGUUAGAUCUUAACUGUGUGAAGGAUAGACCCUGAAAUCCUAUGGUAUUAUUGUAUUUGUAACACUGAUAAUUAAUGGUGGUGUCAGCAAGGGUUCUAUAUACUUUUCCCGUAUUGAAUGAGAUGGUCCAACAUUUUGGUGUAAAUUAGGCACUUUUAGAAAACUACUGAAAAAGAAUGUUUUCUUCAACUGCGGCCUCUUUGUCUAAUGCGAUUACUGCAUCUUCAUGGUAACUUGAUUAGCCUCAGUGUGCCCUGUAGUCCUCUCUAUGCCUUUCUAUUUCCAGCUCUACUUUGAAGACUCCACGGCAGAGGGGAAGCAGAUCAUAAAGGAAAAGAAGGGAGGGAAGACAUUGUCAAGUGGGAAAUCUGGGGGGAAGUAAAAAAGGAGACGAAAGGAUGAAGAAAGGAGGCGGUGGGGUGGCACUCGCGCUUUACUAGGAAGAGCUCACUGUCACUGCUUUUGAUGCAGACAGAACUUUUCUGCUCACUUUCUUCCCUGUCUUUUCCUGACCUCAUAAAACCAGCGUUAGUAGAUGAUUAAAACAUAACAAGCAGUGGCUCCUUGUUUUUAUAGGACUAAGUCCAGACCCUCACCCCUAGCUCUGCUCCAUUUCACUGUCCCCGGGCCAUCCCUGGACGCCAUGCUUCUGUACCACUCCUGUCUGUCCUGUGUCCUCCUCGCUCCUCCCCACUGCUGCCACCUCUCUGCCAAACUCGUUUCUCCUCGAGCCAUUGACCGCUCUCCUGAGCCCCUGCUGAAGCUUCUUGCGGAGGGAAUCCAGUUCUGUGCCCCGGAGCACCACGUCCAGGCCUUGACCUGGCCGCGUCCCGCGCAUCCUGGGUGGGCGUGGCUGAUGUUUGGCUCACACGCCAGGCUGUGGACUCUUCAAGGCAGGGACCACGUCAUACUCGUUUUUACUUCCACAGGUCAUGGAACAUAGUAGAAAAUGAAUGUUGGAAGUACCGAGAUGAUAUAAUUUGUAUCAAAUGUCCUUUUGAAUGAAGAGAUUGAGUUAUGUUCACUAAGAAUAUAAACUUUGACUUGGCUCACAUUUUUAAGAUUAGGACGGUGUAUUGAUGUAAAUUUUGAAAUGUAGGGGAAUAAUGUUAAAUUAUUUAUACUUUCUGGAAAUCAAGUGAAAUGUUUGAUAAGAUGCCACCGUUGUCCUUUGGUAUUUUCUACUCUGGAAUUACGUACUGUGAAUGGACGCAAAUGUGAGGAACUCCGCUCCCUCCUGUGUGAGCGGGGCCACCGCUGGCUUCCUGCCGCCCGUUCACCUCAGUCCCAUUGCUCCUGUGACACUUUCUCUUCUGCCCUCCACACUCCAAGCUUACGCCUACCUCAGUACUGCUCUCCCUGUCUGAAAUGCCUUCUCUGCCUCUCUCCAGUGUCCCGCUCGGGCCUCCUCCUCCAUGAAACCCGCCUCAGCUUUUGAUCUGAAUCAUGAAUCAUGAUGGAAACAAAGGCAGACCGCCUCUAAAUCUCACUCUUCCUUUUACAGCUGGGGCAACGGCCCCAGAGGGGUUAACUGACUGACCAGGCUGGGACUGGACUCCGGGUUUGUGGCUCCGAAUCCCGUGCUCUCAAACUGCGCUGCCUUCUGCCGCCGCGGCAUCUGUGCGCAUGUGCUUCCGCGUAGUGCACCUGCUCGCGGGCCUGUUACCCCGAACGAGAUUGUACGCUCCUUAAGGGCAGGGACUGCUCUGCAGCUCCAGCGCUCCUGCACUACUCUAUUCUUAGUACGAACCAGAUAAAUAAAUGAUAGUGGCAACGA